CUGAAAAAGGCGAAGAAAACCCAAAACCCUCCCUCCGUCCCUCCUCAGACCAGGACGCCACCACCAAUGGCGAGGCCGCCGCCACCGCCGCCCGCGCCGGUGAGGCUCCGCCUGGUGUUCGAAAACCGCCGCCUCCUCCGACGUGCGGAGAGGGAUGAAGGCCUCCGGCGCUGCUGGCUCCUCCUCCGCCCGGAGAUCGCCACCGUCGCCGACCUCGCCGCGCACGUCGCCGCGCGCUUCCGCCUCCGUCGCUCCUGCCCGGGCGGCGUCGUCCUCUCGGUAGAUGGGUUUGCCUUGCCACCAUUCGAGUCAAUCUGCAUCUUCAGGGACAAGGAUAUCAUAAGGGUUAAACAAAAAUCCUGCAAGAAGCUUGGAGGGCACAAUGAUGUGCACUGCAUUCAAGAUCCUGAGGUUGUAGAGAAGAGGCCACUUCCAGUUGAUCAUGAAAUACUUGCGAUUGAGUAUCAAAAGGAUGGCAGUAAGUACCAAGAAGAAGAGGAAGAUGGUGAUCGCCAGCCUGAAGAAAAUGCAACCGUUAGCCACAACAUAGAAAAUAAUGGUGCAUGUUCAAAGAGGAAGUGUCAUGAUGGCGUUGCAGGAAUACCUGAGAUAAAGAGAAAGAAGCUGAAGGUGGCAAAUUCUGGAAAGCAUAUAGAUGACAGCAAGGAGGAUAAUGUUCAGCAAUACCAGGAUCAGAGUGGAUCUAAAAACUUGAUGUUGUCAGCUAUUGAUAUUGAAACUCAGAAGGAAACACUACAACCUGAAACUACCGCUACCUCGAUGGAACAGCCAAAAGCAGAGAGGAACAAUCAAACUGAGUUGAAAUGUGAGACGGAGGCAGCAGACUGUAAUGCUCAAAGUGACAUAAAAAAGUCGGAGAGUAGAAGUGCUCGUCGCAAGAAAAUCAAAAGGCAACUGAGGCAGAAAUCAAAACUACAAACAGAAAAGAAUGUGCAUGAAGAUUCACCAAUAGCUGCUGAUUGUCCAUCACCAAGCAACCAAGAUAGCUUGCCUGGCCCAUCAAACAAUCAAAACGGAUCACAUGUUCCUUGUUCUAGCCACAAAGCAGAUGAGGAAGAAUCUGAUACAUCAGAUGAGAUUGUUCCAGUUGUGGUUCGGCCUGGUCACAUUCGCUUUGAACCGGCAGGUGGACAACCUGACAAGUCACCAGCAAAGGAGAUACAGGGCACUUUCCAAUGGAGUGGAACUAUGAGCAAAAAGAAGGGCCAGAAGUGGGGAAUGAAUAACUCGAACAAGAAAUAUGCUGAUAUUGGUGCUGGAAGCAGCAUGGAAGCUAACCAUCAUUUCAUUGACAGAAAGAUUACUGAAAAUGAUUUUUGUGCUGUCAGUAAUCAAAAGGAUGAUGAAAGCAGUAAUAUUAAGAGGCCAAGUGUGAAGACUAUUGCUAAUGAAGAAAAGUUUAAUGGUGAACCUUUGGAUUUUGAGAGCUUGUACCCCCUAACACGACUUCCGAAGGAGGGAGAUCUGAUCGCCUAUCGAUUGGUGGAGCUGUCUUCCUCAUUGUGUCCAGAGCUGUCCUCUUACCGUGUCGGAAAAGUUCUGAUAUAUGAUCCCAUAUCACUUCGUAUCAUUCUCUUACCUGUUCCUGAGCAUCCAAUGGUCACCACCGAGGAAAACAAGCCCGAGGGCGAGUCAGAUAUGUUUAUGGACUUGUCACCUUACAAGGAAGAUGGCUCCUUGGAGAUCGAGUACUCUUCACUUCUUGAUGUAAGGCUACUGAAGGGUAUUGAGUCGGUACCAGGGGUUGUCAGUACUCCCUCUGCAGAAAUAUGCAAAGGUGGAUCACUGGCUGGAAAGACAGUUACCUUAGACGAUAAUGAAGGUAAAAUUGACUGCCAGAAACCAGGCAUGGUGCCAAACAACACUAAAGAUCAAGAAGCCACGCUAGAAACAUGUGCAGAAAAGACGGAGAAUACAGUCUGGGAAGAAAAUGUCGAGCCCUCCAAUGACAAGACUGAUGUUCAGGAAAAUGGCUGGGGAACUUGGAAACGAAACGCUAGUACAUCUGCUUGGUCUUAUAGGGCGCUCAGGAGCAGUGCUCUUGGCCCGACAAUGGCAAUGUUGAGGGGCAAAAACAGCCAGAGGGGUAAGCCACCCUGCCGAAAGUAUGGGAAGUGAUACCCGGGUACCCAGCUUUAUAAGCAUACCUAUGUAACUGCGGGUUGAUCCGUUCUUUUGGAGAGAUCAAAAGCAGGUUGAAGCUUGAUCUUUUGUAUGUAUAAAGCUUGGCAGAGGAAGAUUUACUGUGGUACUGUUCGGGUCGACUUGAAACCGGAACUAAUGCUGAUCGUUUGGAAGGGAUGGGCUCUGUUGGUCGAGCGCUUGCUAUUCAUAUGCGACGAUUAGGUAGAAACUGUUUACUAGCACCCCACUAAUUAUGUUGCGCAGAAUCCGGUUUGUUCCAUCUAAAAUAUUUUCCUUUUUUUACCUGAUUA